CCGCAAUCAGACCUACGGUGGGGACACGCCCGAUGUGGGUUGAAUUUGAAUGAGCUUGUGAUUGGCGACGAAGCCACGCCACACUCCGCCAUUCCACCGCCUGCACCGUCAUGGCGUCGCUCAUCUCGCCGCUUCCGCCGCUUCACCCCCUCUCUUCCACACCCCGCGACUCACCGCUUUGCGCCACACGACCCUUGCGCCUUCAAUUUGCUCGUUGUCGCCAGUCGCAGCGUGUCGUACGCUCGUCGCAUGGCGAGCGCCCCGCCGAAGCAAGCGGUCGGCAGGGCGAGUCGCAGCAGCGCGCGUUCGCCGCAGCCGGCACGGCCGCUCUGAUCGGCGGCGACCCCCAGGCCGCCGCAGAUGCCGCCGCCGCUGCCGCCCGCGCGGGCGAUUCCGCCCUCAGCGGACUCGACUCGGCGGACCCCGCCGCUGACAGCGCGCGUCUGCCCGCGGGUGUCUCCGCGGAUCUCUCCGCCAUCCUCUCCAGCCAGCGGCGGUGGACGUGGCGCGGCGCAAGCAUCAACUACUGCGACCUGCCGCCCAGGGCGGGCGGGGGCGCGGGAGAGAGGGGCGAGGGGGCGUGGUGGGGGAGGGAGGAUGCGCCUGCCGUGGUGCUGGUGCACGGGUUCGGCGCAUCCAUCGGCCACUGGCGCAGGACGGCGCCAGCAGUGGCGGCGGCAGGGCAGCGCGUGUUCGCGGUGGACCUGCUGGGGCUGGGGGCGUCCGAGAAGCCGAGCAACAUAGAGUAUACCAUCGACACGUGGGCUGAGAUGCUGCAGGCGUUCGUAUCGGAGGUGGUGCGGUGCAGAGUGGUGCUGGUCGGUAACUCCAUCGGCAGCCUCGUGGCCCUCGCUGCUGCUGCGGCCCUGCCGGAGGAGGUGGUGGCGGGCGUGGUGCUGGUGAACUGCGCGGGCGGGCUGAACAACAAGGCCAUUCAGGACGACUGGCGCAUCCGCCUCGCGCUGCCCGUCUUCCUCCUCAUCGACUGCCUGCUCUCCUUCCCGCCGCUCGCCACCGCCAUCUUCAACCGCGUCAAAACCAGGGACAACGUGGCGUCGGUGCUGCGCGCUGUGUACUGCAACCACGAGGCCGUCGAUGACGAGCUCGUGCAGCUGAUUUGCGCCCCAGCUGACGACCCAGGCGCGCUGCAGGUGUUCAUCGCGGUGCUCACUGGCCCGCCCGGCCCGCGCCCCGAGCAGCUGAUGCCGCGCAUCGCAGCGCCGCUGCUGCUGCUGUGGGGCGAGCAGGACCCCUUCACGCCCCUCGACGGCCCCGUGGGGCGCUUCUUCUCGCUCCUGCCGCAGCAGCGCCCGCGCACCACCCUGGUCACUCUCCCCCACUGCGGCCACUGCCCCCACGACGACCAGCCCCUGGCCGUGCACCAGGCGCUGCUGCCAUGGCUCGCUCAGCUGGGCGGUGAGGAGUAGAGCACAGCAGUGCAUGGGGUGCCAGCAGCAAAUGCUCUUGCAAACACACGUGGCAUGAAAUUAGCCUUUGUAAAUGCCUGUAUUUUAUGUUGUGUUAUGUGAUGUGUAACAGGCCCUCAAAUUGGUUUUGGGGUCCCCUUGGUCGCCCAGAGUCCCCCCCAUCCUCACCUCGCACUCCAUGGUCUCGGUUUCAGCUACAGCACGCUCAUCCCAAAUAUGUGGCAGGCCCUGAGAUUUCAGGAUUUUUCUCCUGAUUUUGCUGAUUUUCAGGGUGUUUCGAUGUAUCUCGUAUUCCCCAG